UUCUCUGUCCAGAUCUAAAUAAUAAUAAUAAAACUCUCUCUACUCCAGUCUUCUAUUUUUCACUCUUUCAAAAUCCCUUCUCUCUCAUUUGGUACUGUUUCUAUUUUUGCCAGAAAAUCUCUCUCUUCUCUCUCUCUCCACUUGCCGUCAUCACCUCAAAACCCUAAUCGAGUAGGUUUAGGCAUUGCAGAUCUUUACAUUCGUUCUUCUUCUUCUUCUACUGAAGAAAACGAAGAGCUUGGAGUGUGUAUAUUGGGGUUUUACAGCUGAACAGUUUCUGAUGGGCUUCCUUUGAUCUUAUUGGUUUCGGGUCAUAAAUGAGAAAAUGGAGGCUGAGAAACGAGUAUCAAAGGGUGGCUUUCUUCACUUGUUUGAUUGGAAUGCCAAAUCUCGGAAGAAGCUGUUCUCAAACAAGUCUGAAUUACCCGAAGGUUCGAAGCAAGGAAAAGAAAAUUUUGAUUGUUCGGGUUUGUCACAGCUUCAGCAGAUGAAGGUGCAUGAGAAUGGGCUUUGUCCAAGUGUCAAAGAAAGUACUAGUGAUUAUAGCUGUGAUUUAUCAGUGAGUGGUGAUGAAGGACAUGGAACUAAAGCUCCUGGGGUCGUUGCAAGACUUAUGGGACUGGAUUCCUUGCCGACUUCUAAUGUUUCUGAACCCAGUUUUACCCCAUUUCCUGAGUCUAACUCUUUUAGAGAUUUUCAUUCCCAAAGGAUCACCACUAAUUUUCAGAGCAAGCACCAGAGCAUAAACUAUGUCAGUGUUCGAGACAAACUGGAAAGGUUGUCUAGGAAUCCUGUGGAAGUUGGGCUGCAGAAGGUGCAGAACCGACCAAUUGAGAGGUUUCAGUCUGAGAUAUUGCCUUCAAAAUCAACUAAAUUGAUUCCAAUCACUCACCACAAGUUGUUGUCUCCUAUCAAGAAUCUGGGUAUCCCGAGAAAGAAUGCAGCGUACAUCAUGGAGGCUGCUGCAAAGAUUAUUGAACAGAGUCCUCAGUCAACUACCAAGCAUAAGAUGGCAUCCUUUGGAUCUUCUUCAGUUCCUUUGAGAAUUCGGGAUUUGAAACAGAAAAUUGAGGCUGCACAGGAAGUAUCCAGGCUUCCUGAAGCAUCUCGAAGACCCAGAGAGCCCGGUUCUGUUAAAUACACGAAUGAAAAGCGUAGAGACAGGAGCCGGAGUCGAACAGAAAAUUCGCAACUGUUUAAGGCUUCUAUAGAUUCAGGAAAAAGCAGUUCUGACAGUUCUAAGAAUAAGGGAAAAUCAGUUUCUCUGGCAAUUCAAGCUAAGGUCAAUGUUCAAAGAAGAGAGGAAUCGACUGUGACUGGUAAUAGGAGUUCAAUGGACCUGAAGGAUAAUAACGAAGUUCAAUCGGACCACUGUGAUAAGAACCAACAAAAUGCGCAAAGGAGUUCACAAAAGAGAACUUUAACGAGAAGGACUUCUGAUGUGCUCAGGCAGAAUAACCAGAAGCAGAACGGUGUGUCCGAUAAAGACAAGGUAAAUUCGAAACCAUCAGUUUCCAACCCGCAAGACAGAAAAUCAUUGUCCAUGAAUGGUUCCCUCAGGCCAAGUAAAACUUCAAAUAAGGUUGUUACGAAUUCUGUGACUGCUAAUAGAAAAUCAAAGUCAGUGGCAACUGACACUGGAAAGGAACACUUGUCAUAUAAAACAAAGAAUUUAUCUCAGAAAAAGCAGCCUGUCAGUGGGGAUUUUCAUACUGACGAGCAUAUUGGUGAUAAUCAAUUGAUCAAUAAAAAUGAAAGGUCUAUCAAAUGUAAUAUUGCGGUUGAUGGGUGCAUGAACUGGGAUGCAGUUGACAGGAAAAAUAGCAUGGAUGUUGUCUCAUUUACGUUCACGUCUCCCAUUAAAAAAUCAAUGCCUGGAUCUCAGUUGUCUAGCCAAGUCAUUGAAAAUAACGACAGCAUUUGCAUUGAUCCUAAUAAUGAUCAACCUCAAUUGAAGCAUUCAACUUUAUCUUCUCCGGGGUUUAAUGUAAUUGGUGGUGAUGCUUUGAGUGAGCUUUUGGAGCAGAAGCUUAAGGAGUUAACGUGUAUAGUUGAGUCUUCCCAUAGUACUUUAGUUAACACAGCGGCUGCUUCUUGUUCUACAUCCAGUUUGCAAGAGUCAAUGUCGACUCUCAAGGUGUUUAACACCAUACCAGAAGAACAUGACAAGAGAUUUCAACUUGGUCUGCAGCAGGAUAAAUCAGAUGGCCUAUAUAACUUCAAGUGUUCUUUGGUUGAUGGACUGCUGUUCAAAGACAAACAGAAGUGGCAGGGAUCAGAAGAGGUGGAAGAGCAUACCAGUAACAACGGUGAAUAUGAAAAUGAACAUGUUUGUCCGUAUCCAACUUUAGUGUCAAGUUUGGAACCCUCUUUCUCAGAUGUAGUCUCAAGUUUGGAACUCUCAUUCUCAGAUGAAAGUUGUAACUCAUCAGACGGCAAAACAAGUAUCAGUAGCAGGGGCAGCAAGCACUGUUUAUCGGCUGAAGCUCAGGGAAAGUCCAAUUGCAUCUCUGCUAAAGUACCCGAACUGGUGGAAGGUGAGACAGAGCUAUCAGAUUCAGCCUCUUCUAUUUCUACAGGGUGCAUGGAUAGAAAGGAUAGAACUACUACAUUCUGUUACGUAGAUUUCAAGCAAUUGUCUGACUGGGAAUUAGAAUAUAUUAGAGAUAUACUUUGCAACGCGGAGUUGACGUUAGAGGGUUUUUCAUUGUGUCAUCCACACGAGGUCAUAAAUCCUGAUAUGUUUGAUCAGUUGGAGAAUCAGAGAACAGGAUCACACAAAAUUAUGGAAAAGUCCUCCAAGCUUGGGCGGAAAGUUUUGUUUGACUGUGUGAGCGAAUGCAUGGGAUUGAGGUGUGAGCGGCUUUCUGGUGGAAGCUGCAAAGAAUGGACAAGAUGGGCAACACUGUUUCGAAGGAAAGGGUGGUUGGCAGACGAAUUGUACAAAGAGAUAUCAAGUUGGGCAAGCAUGGGUGACUUGAUGGUGGAUGAGCUUGUGGACAAGGACAUGAGUACUCAGUAUGGGAAAUGGGUUGACUUUGAAACCGAGGCAUUCGAGGAGGGUGUACAGAUUGAGCAGGGGAUAUUAACUUCCUUGGUUGAUGAAUUGGUUACUGAUAUCUUCUUCUUCUGAAGCCCUUUCAAAAUGGUUCUGUUUUAUUUCAAAUCCAUUUUGUUACAUUUUGGUCAAUUGUUAAAUUUAUGAAUCUUAUAAUUUUUUGGUGUAGAAAAGAUAAUUUUAUGGGAUAAGGUAGAAUAUCUGUGACAAAGAUAAUUUUGUUAAAUUAACAUUCACACUUUCUUUUUGAAAGCCUA